AUGUCUUUAAGCUCAGCCUGGAGAUCGGUAGUAAGGAUAGUUAAAAAAGUUCAAGAUAAAGCCUAUAACUAUCCAAAGCUACCAGUUUUUCCUUUAGUAAAAGAACACUUGCCCUUUCAAAUUGGGUGGAACGUUUCAAAAAAAGAUUAUAAUACUUUCUUUGAGCGCAACGAAUCAACAAAGUUAAAAUUUUAUUUGGAAAAUAGAAACGUAUUUAUAGUUGCUAUGCCUUUACCAGUCCACGCAGCCGUUGUUAGUAUGCUUCAGGAUUUUUUUAAAAUCCCAAAUGGCAGAGUAAUACGUGAUCCUCCGAUAACUGUUUUAGGUGCACCAUGUAAGGGAAUUUUCUCUAGUUCUGCUUGA